UGACGGACCGCGGCGCCGGAUGAUGGCGGCGGUGCCGAAGGUGCUGUGCUCGGAGAAGGGAGCGUUGCUCAGGCAGGUGUUCACCCUCAGCAGAGCAGCAAUAGCCGGAGAAAACCGUCUGUGUGCUGCAGGUGAUGCACUCCUGGGUUGCCACAGAUCCUACAGGUCCCGACCUACACAUGGAAUUGGGAAAUUUAAAUACCUGCUCCCAAAGGAGGUUCCAAAGAGGAGAAAAGAAAAAGUGCAGAUGAAAGAGAUCAGUGAAGGCACUGAGUACCAGUAUGGAGAUAUCAACAUCCAGAUGACUUCCUAUGAUCUGUGCCUGGUGGAGCAUUUUGCUCAGUAUGUCCACAGACUCUGCAACCGUCUCUCGAUCCAGGUCAAUGAGAGCUACGCCAUGCCCACCAAAACCAACGAGGUGCUGUUCCUGGAAGAGAGGGGAUCCAAAAUGCAGCUGGAUGCAGUCCUUACCACCCACCAGAGGGUUGUCCAGAUACGUGGUUUGAGUUCGACGUUUGCUCCCAUACUGCUGGAAAUCAUUCAGAGUAACCAGCCUGAGGGGGUCCAUCUGUUGAUGAAACAGCACACAGAAGCCGAUUUCAAGAGCCGACUGAAGUCUCGACCAGAGCUGGAAGAGCUGCUGGCAGAGAUGUCCUGAGGUGAGGAGCAAUGUGCCAUCCGUGGGCUGUUCCAGCCUCCAGAGGGUGCUUCCAUGAGCUCAGUACUGGUAACUCAGUGAAUUGGAAGGAAUUCCUGCUGCUGGCAACCAGCUUGUCUCAAUAAAAGUAAAUAAUGUGUUUGUAUCUGACUGGUUUGUACUGGAAGCAAAGGUGCCACAAUGGA